GAAGAACUCCACUGAAGACUCAUGAAGCAAGGUUUAGGCUCGAUCAUGUCGGCCUUUUUGUUGCUCACGCUGGCCUUUUCUGCUACAGGAAUGACGGCAGAAAAUGUCACAGAUACAGCUAUUGAAGAGAGACCUGUAAUAGCCAAGGGUAUACUAAAGGCUCCAAGUGUGGUUGGAUGAGCCAUCAAGAAGAUGCCUGAGCUCUAUAAGUUCCUUAUGGAGCGAUGGGCAUUGUAUCACAACCUGGAAUAUGAUUCAGGAGAGGAGAUGAAUCCACGUCUGAUCUUCUAUAAUGAUAAGGAUGAGGUUGUUCAGACUGUUUCUGUGAAGAAGAUGAAGGUGGAUGAGAUCAGUAGCCUGCUGGACUCUCUGGGUUUCUACAAGAGAUCUCAGAAGGGAGAGGAGGUGCCAGACGAGUUUCAACACUUUCCCCUGAGAGCUCCCAGGGAUGAGUUGUGAGCAGAAUGACAUCUGGUGGCCAGACUCUGUCACUGCACCCAGUCACAUAUGAUGAGUGGGGUCUCAAGGCCACAACAUGAGCCAGGCCCUGGUUUGAGGACAAACGACUUGGUGCAGCUGAGCAGAGCAAAGCCUACCACACUGUCUCUUUGCAAAGUAAAAAUAAAUUUAAAAUAUGAAUUUGUCAAUAAAAGUUUAAACAAG